AUGUCGCGUUUCGUGAUAAUCUCUCUAGCUCUCAUGGUUUUCAUCAACUCAUCAAGCAUCCCGAAGACAGCAGCCACUCCACCAGCCAGCUACCAAAACUACAAAACGUUCGUAAAAACAGCAUGCAACUCGACAACAUACCCUACAAUGUGCUUCAAAUUAUUGUCCCCAUACUGCUCCACCAUCAAAUCCGACCCAAUCAAACUCUGCACAACCUAUCUCAGCCUCAACGUCAAAGCCGCCACUAAAGCCACAUCAGUCGUCUCUAACCUUCUCAAAAAGGCCAAAGCCGCCUCGAGCCCCGAGGUCCCGACCCUCAAGGACUGCGUAGAUGAGAUGAAGGACACUGUGGAUGAGCUCAAGCAAGCCAUGGCCGAGAUGAAGAAUCUUAAAGGCGGAGGAAUUUCUAAGGAGGAGCAUUUAAAGAACGUGAAUACGUGGGUGAGCUCGGCGUUGACCGACGAGGGCACGUGUACGGACGGGUUCGAGGAAGGGAAAGUGAAUGUGGAGACGAAGAAGAAGGUGAAGAAGGCUGUUACUGACCUUUCAAGGAUCACAAGCAAUACUUUGGCCCUUAUCACUAAUUAUCUACGUUACUGA